AUGUGUAAUAGAAAGCCUCUCGGCGAAAAAAACAAAAAAAUAUUCUUUUUCUUCUGUUUUAUAUUUGAUUUAUAUGACUUAGAUUCGUCGCAAUGGAUUUCGAUACAAGAGAAGUCAUCAUCGAGACGCUUAUCCAGAAAAAAAGGCUACUCGACGAUCUGCUCCAAAAAUCAAUCGGGUAUGUAAAACCUGUAAACGUUCUACUUUCUCUUAUGCCAAUUAUGAAUACAAUAUUCCUAUUUGAUAAAUUAAAAAACGUCCCCUAAAGUUAUUAAAAGAUUUUGUGUUUAGUGCGUGGCCAUCGCAAUCCAGCGAUUCGUACACCAGUCGUUGAUGUGGUAUGUUUUCUGUUAUUCUAUUAUUCCAUUAACUAUAAAUUAAAAAUAUUCGAAAAAUCGAUGUGAAAGUGUAUAAAUAACCAUAUAAUAACUUAAUAUUUGUGUUUAGCAUUCCUCGCUGAAAGUAAUCCUACUGCGACUGAAACAUCAAGUGGAUUCCGCGGCAACUCUCGCAGAUGAAGCUCAAUUGGGUAAUUUUUGAAUAUAUUUUAGAAUGUUUGUAAAUUUUUUUAUUUUGAUUACGGACGUUUUAUGUUUUUUUAUAGGAGUCCCAGCAAAUGUAGCAGAACAAGCCGUGUUGUCACGGACGGACGAAGUACUUCGUGCAUUGAACGAUGCGAUCUCUCCUUCAUCGUCGAUCGACUGCUACCGAAACCGACUGAAUGUAUUAUUUAUAUGUUAUUUCAUCUGUUCAUUUAUGUUGAUUAUGAAUUCUGAUAAACUUUGUAUGACGUAAUAAUGUUGUUUCUCAUUACAUUUACAGCUUCGUCAAUCAGGAACUAGAGCAGUUUGCUGACCACAAUUCCUACUUCUUUUUCUUUAAUUCCUUCACUCGGCAAAGUAUCUCUCAUGAAGAUUCCUCUAAAGUAGCAUUUUUUUAUUCACCGUUCUAGCGCAAUAUUUCGACCAUCUCGACCACUGGAUUUCGACCACAUUUUUAGGGUAGCGCAUUUCGACCCUUUCCCCAUUUUUGAAAAUUGUUGAAAAUGACACAUUUUUGAUGAGCAAAGGUUAGAAAUCAAUGAAAAUAAGUCUUAAAAUGGCUUAAAAUGUGUAAAAAUGAGAGUGGUCGAAAAGGUGCGCUAGAACGGCAAAAUACAUAUUAUUGACAAAAGAUCGAGUAUGAUGGGAUUUGACAAUAGAGGAAGGGAGACUCUCAGAACCAUCCUGAAGGAGUUUUUGGAUGAAUAUAAGUCACGUCAAAUCGAAAAAGAGGUUCAAUUCAAGACAUCUUUAGGGACUCUUGUAGGUUUCCUUAAGGGACUACUUAUCUUCUUCCCAUAGGGGGAACUAAAAUUUGCAAAGAAGGUCUUCAAGUGUUUUAGUUAGUGACAACUUUAGAGGGCUAGCGGUUUCUACACUUUUUCGAUACCACUAUAGGGCCCACUCAACUUUUAGAAGAUUCUUGGAACUUGAACUACUGUAGGGGUCACCUAAAGCUUGGCUUUAUAUUCUCGGCGUUUUUGUUAGUGAAAGAAAAUGCGAAACCAAAAACACGGUGGGCGGAGCCAAAAUAUCCGCCGUUCCUCAGUGACGUCAUGGGAAUGUGAUUUCGGCUCCAGGAGCGUAAAUAACAGGGCUUAUUAAAGGCGCAGGCGGGCCGUAUUGCCAGAGGUCUUAGGACGAAUCGAAAUUUCUAUACGAAAAAGCAAUUUUCUGCGCGAAAGCGGCGCAGUGCAUGCACACGAUACACUACACUUUACGGAGAGAAAGUGGGCGUGGCGCCGUGUAUUGUCUACCAUGACCGUUUUUUUUUCAAGUAUAUUCUUGAAAAUCUUCAGAUGAGCGCGCUUCAAAAAUGUGAGGAAGAAGUUGACUCGGCCGAAAAUUUCAUGGUUUUUAUUAGAAGGUCAUUUUUGGAAGUUUCAAGAUGGUUUUAGAAAAUGGCCGAAAACCUCUGUUCGGAAUAUAAGGAAGCUCAGGAUUAUCUGAAUCUCGGCAAAAGACGAUUCGACCAGUUGAUCUAUCAGAAACAGAAAGCGUCUCUGAAAGAAAUCAAGGUUUUUUGAAUGACAAAAUAAUUAUUGGAUGAUUUUCAGGAUAAUAUGACAAACUUGAUGGGAGUUGUGAAGAAAAUGGAGACCGAUUUUUCUGCUGAGAACGUCGAAAAUGUACGGUAUUUGCAUGAGGCUGUUCUUUGUGAAAAAAAUACGAAAAUGUGGGUCUCAAAGCGAAGUUUGCACCGAAGAGUACGGUAUUUCUUGCAGAAAUGAAACCGAGGGGAAAGUCCAAACAGCCUCAAAAAGAAGAAUCUAGAGAUUUCGGAAUGCCUGAAAAUUUGACAGAAGUUCCUCGGAACAUUUUUUUCCCGCCUUUUUCUUUUUUUCUCGUGAUGGGGUCAAGAAAAAAAAUAUAUCCCGUGAGGCCUUUUAAAAUCCCUUUUCCCAAAAGUUCCUUUUUAAGUCCUUCUAGAAAGCGCCCAGAAAAAUAACCUCCAUGAAAAUGUUGCCCCCAGAGAAACUGAGUUUUGCAAGAAAAAAAUGAAUUCUUAGAAAUCAUGAAAAAAAUGUAUCUUCAUCAAUUUCAGGCCCCGAACAAUUUGAGCGACGAUUCCAUGUGGCUUUCUUUGGAAUCGUCCUUCCAACAUCUCAAGAAAAAGGGCCAGAAACGGCUUUUUCUAUGCAGGAAAUGA